AUGAAGAAGCACUUGAAAACUGAGUUUCUGCCUUAUAAUUUUCAGCGAUUAAUGUACCAGAAAUUGCAAAAUUUGAGGCAGGGAAGCAAAUCUAUGGACGACUAUACCACAAAAUUUUUCCAAUUGGUUGCUCAGAAUGAGAUACAAGAGACUGAAGAUCAGUUGGUUGCGAGGUAUAUUGGUGGGUUGCGGGUCUCAAUUCAAGACACGAUCAAUCUGUUUGAUCCGGUGUCGCUUUCAGCCGCUCAUCAAAAGGCGUUGCAGAUUGAGAAGCAGAGCAGGCGCACAAGCAGUUUUAGCAAUUCAUUGACAGCAGGUGCCUCUGGCAGUGGCAGUUGUGGAGUGGAGAACAAAACAGCAGGUGGUGCCGUCAGUAGAGGUCCGAACAAUUUUAAUCAGUUUCCUAGAGCUGCUGGUAGUAGUAAUAUUCGCUGUUUUGGUUGUACUGAGAUGGGUCAUAGGCAGGCUGACUGUCGAAAGACCACUGCUAAGAAAACAUUUUUUGCGGAUACUAAUGAUUUUGACGAUGAGGAAUUCGACAUGAUUGGUGACCCAGUUUAUGACAGUGGCGAGGGUCUCGAGGAGGAGGUGGUCUGUGGAGAUACUGGGGUUGCGCUGGUUGUGCGACGGGCUUGUUUGACACCCAAGGCAGCAGAUGAAAAUUGGUUGCAGAGCAAUAUUUUUCAGUCAACCUGCACUAUUUUGGGGAAGGUUUGUCGUUUUGUGAUUGAUGCAGGCAAUUGUGAGAAUAUCAUCUCAGCAGAGGCAGUCCAAAAAUUGGGCAUUCAGACAGAGAAACACCCCAAACCGUAUAAACUGGCAUGGCUGAAAAAAGGUGGUGAGGUUAGUGUAACAUUACGUGCUUUAGUGCUUUUUUCUGUUGGUGCACGAUAUAAAGAUUCUGUUUGGUGUGAUGUGGUUGCCAUGGAUGCGUGUCAUUUGUUGUUGGGGAGACCUUGGCAAUUCGAUCGAAAGGUCAUGCAUGAUGGGCGAAAUAAUACUUAUAGUUUUGUGUUCGAGAGUGUUAUAAUUGUGUUACAGCCCAGUCGUGGUGUAGAGACAGCAAAACCAGUGGAGCGUAGCACUAACUUGUUGUCCCUGGUAAAAUUUGAGGAGGAGCUGCAGACUGCAGAAAUUGUGUAUGUGUUGAUUGGGAAAGAAACAGUCGACGAAUCUGCGGUACCAGAAGAAGUCGCACCGCUUUUGGCUGAAUUUGCAGAUGUGUUUCCGGAUGAUUUACCAUCCGCUUUGCCGCCAUUGCGUGAUAUUCAACAUCACAUUGAUCUGGAACCGGGGGCAGCCUUGCCUAACAGACCUCACUACAGGAUGAGUCUUACGGAACAUGAGGAGUUGCGGCGGCAGGUGGAGGAUUUGAUUGCUAAGGGACAUGUGCGUGAGAGUAUGAGCCCAUGUGCAGUACUAGCCCUUCUAACACCUAAGAAGGAUUGGACUUUUCGAAUGUGUGUGGACAGUCGAGCAAUUAAUAAAAUCACAGUCAGGUACCGUUUUCCUAUCCCACGACUGGAUGAUUUACUUGAUCAGAUCAGUGGGGCGACGGUGUUUACCAAGCUGGAUUUGAAGAGCGGAUACCAUCAAAUUCGCAUCAGAGUUGGGGACGAGUGGAAAACGGCUUUCAAAACCCGUGAGGGGCUGUAUGAGUGGUUGGUGAUGCCGUUUGGGUUAUCAAACGCACCGAGUACGUUUAUGUGUGUGAUGAACCAAGCUUUGAGACCUUUUAUCGGUAAAUUUGUUGUUGUGUAUUUUGAUGAUAUUUUGAUAUACAGUACUAAUCUCGAAGUGCAUCUUCAGCACUUGCGAGAGGUUUUAUGUGUGCUUCGCAGGGACAGCCUAUUCGCUGCCAAAAAGAAGUGCGCUUUUCUGACUCGAAAAGUGUUAUUUCUGGGAUAUAUCGUGUCUGAGGAGGGACUGCAGGUGGAUGAUUCGAAAAUUCAGGUGGUGAAACACUGGCCUCAACCGAGUACCAUUACUGAAGUUCGGAGUUUUCAUGGAUUGACAUCUUUCUAUAGGCGGUUCAUACCUCAUUUCAGCAGUAUUAUUGCUCCUGUAACCAACUAUAUGAAAGGUGUAAAGUUUGAGUGGACAUCGGAGGCCGAGGCAGCAUUUCAGCAGAUUAAGCUGCGGUUGACGACUGUUCUUAUUCUAGUGCUGCCAGAUUUUUCACAACCAUUUGAGCUGCAUAAUUGA